UGUUUGGAAAUAUCAUCUCCUCCGAGCGCCGCUGCACUCUCUUUUAUUUUGUCGCCGCUCUCUGUCUCUCCCAUAUUAACUUUUAUCUCUUGCUGGAAGGUUAGAAGUUCGAAAGUGAUUUGUCAAAAAAUGAAGCAAGAUUUGUUCGUAUAUCUUCCAUCAGAAAUCUUCAUAGACAUCCUAUUGAGACUGACUCUUAAAAACAUUUCAACUAGCAAAUGUGUUUGCAAACCAUGGCUUAGUCUCAUUGAGAGUGAUGCUUUUCUGAAGUCCCAGCUUUCUAAAUCCACCCCAGCCCUAGCUGUCUCUAUUCCAACGUCAGAUUCAAAUUGGUUCAGUAUUUUCAAACUGGAAGAUGAGUACAAGCAUGAGCACAAACAGGAUCCAAUCAUCAAGUUUGAUUUCCCUCAAGCAUCAACUAUACAGGGUUCUGCCAAUGGUUUGCUUCUUCUAAAAAAUCCUUUUAGCAAUCAUCUUUAUGUAUGUAAUCCAAUCACCCGUGAAUAUGUUGACCUUCGUGGGUCUCUUACUCGCCCUUGGGGAGAUUGUUAUGGAUUUGGAGUGAGUAAAAUAAGUGGACGACAUAAGGUUGUCUAUCUUAAUCCUAAAUCCGGAUGUCAUGUAUACACUCUUGAAACAGGAUCCUCGUGGAGAGCCGUUGAAGUUGCUGCCCCCUCGUUUUAUCGGUGUUAUAGUUCCAUUGGUGCAUUUGUUAGUGGCAACCUUCAUUGGUUAGUUUCAAAUAAGGGGGAGGGGCCUUAUGAUUGGGAGAUGUCUUAUGUUUGUUGCUUUGAUCUUGAAACAGAACGUUUUAGUACCUUCUCCACGCCUCCUCGUAAAAGAAUUGGAUUUAAGGGGAAGUUGUAUGCUUUGGGGGAAUACCUGUGUUUUUGUGAUGAUGAACCAUAUUUCUAUGAUAAUUUCAUCUGGCUAUUGAAGGAACGUGAACAUGGCGAGAAAUGUUGGAGCGAGGUACAAGUCAUUAUGAAAGAACCUGAUUAUGGUUUCUUCGUCAUUAUAGAAGAUCUUUAUUAUGGUUCAGAUGCAUAUAAACGUCUUCAACCUAUCAAAGUUUACAGUAACGGUGACAUGUUGAUGUUUUGGCAUGAGAAACGCUUUAUUUACUACUCCAAGGAGACGGGAAAUGUUACAGAAAUUGGUUUGUUUGGUAAAAUGGAUGAUGAUUGUUACUAUAUUAACUCCAUUCUUCUCACUCCAAGUUUUCUUUCACUCAAAAGAAAUUUGGGUAUGGAGAAUGUAAUCUCUUUUUAGUUUAUAAAAUUCUUUUCCUUGUUUUCA